GGAGACGGAGGCCAUGGUGCGGGCUGCAGGGCACAGUGCUAAUCGUCAAAUAAAGUGAGAGCCUCACCUCAACCCAGCCUUAGCUCCCUCGGAAGAAGCAAGCACCUUGGCAGCAGGCUUCGGGUGGGAGUGAGUCGGAGGAGCCACCUGUCCAGUUCGUCUCAGCUUCCCGGAGUUACUCAGGUCCCACCUUGAAGAGGAUGGAGGUGACCGGGGGUGCCGGUGUUGCGGACCCCGGCGAGAUCCGGCCUCUGAAGCCUUGUUUAGUGCGUCGCAACCACAGCCGCGAACAGCACGGCGUGGCGGCCUCUUCCGUCGAAGAGCUGAGGAACAAGGCCUGUGACAUUCUGACCAUUGACAAGUCCCUAACACCAGUCACCCUGGUCCUAGCAGAGGAUGGCACCAUAGUUGAUGAUGAUGACUACUUCCUGUGUCUCCCUUCCAACACUAAGUUUGUGGCCUUGGCUAGUAACGAGAAGUGGACAUACAGCAAUUCAGAUGGAGGCACAGCUUGGAUUUCCCAAGAGUCCUUUGACGUAGAUGAAACAGACAGCGGGGCAGGGGUGAAGUGGAAGAAUGUGGCCAGGCAGCUGAAAGAAGAUCUGUCCAGCAUCAUCCUGCUGUCAGAGGAGGAGCUCCAGGUGCUCACUGGCGUGCCAUCUUCAGACCUGGCGCAGGAGCUGUGCCAGACCCAUGCCGCCGCUCAGGGGCUCCAGAACACGCUGCAGCGGGUGCUCGACCAGCGAGAGGAGGCCCGGCAGUCCAGACAGCUCCUGGAGCUUUACCUGCGGGCUCUGGACAAGAAGGACGGCGUCUUGUCAAGGCCGGAAGAGUCCAAAGCUGCCUUUGGGGAAGAGGUGGAUGCAGUUGACACAGGCAUCGACAGAGAGAGCACCUCCAAAAUCGCGCUUAGGAGCCAGGUCCUCUCGGCGCUGCAGGAGAAGCCCGCUCCAGAGCUGAGCUUGUGUAGUCAAGAUCUGGAGUUGGUCACCAAGGAGGACCCCCAAGCCCUGGCCUCUGCUCUGAACUGGGACAUAAAGAAGACAGAAGCGGCUCAGCAGGCCUGCGCCCAGGAGCUCGCCCGGCGCCUGCAGCAGACCCAGAGCUUGCGUUCGCUCAGGACUCUGUCAGCCAGGAGGAACUCCCUGCCCAGAGGAUCGCAGGGAGCUAAACGAGCCAAGCAAGGCCCCACCUAGCUGCAGCCGGAAGACACAGGGAGACCCACAGCCUCGUUUUCUGCUGCCAGUAAAUACCUUCAGCCCGGUUAUAUGCUCAUACCUACAGGCUGCUCUGCCCCUGCCUCCAGCUUGUUCUGUUGGCACCAGCUAGAAGCCUGCCUUAUACCCCUCCAGAAAGGCUGUUCCAGAGCUCUGCACACCCUCGUCCUCCUCUGUCUUUUUUUGGGGGGUGAGAUCUUGCUAUAUAACCCAGGCUGGGCUGGAACUCACAGCGAUCCUCCUGCCUCAGCCUCCUGAGUGCUGGAAUUACAGGCAUCUGCCACCACACCUGGCUUCAUCUGCCCAUUUUGAAUGAUGUAAGUCCACCAACUCUAUGAACAGUUUUGUGGGGUUUUUUUGGUACUGGGGAUAGAACUCGAGGCAGGUGGCAGAACCACUGAGCCAAAUCCCCGGCCUGGACAGUACGUUUUUGUUUAUUUUUUUUGAAACAAGGUCUCACCAUGUAGUUCAGACUAGCCUUGAACUCACUUUAGCCUAGGCUGGCCUCGAACUUGCAGCACUCUUCCUGUCUCAGCCUCCUGAGUGCUGGGAUUACAGGUAUGCACCACCACACCUGGCUCCGUGUACUGUUCUUAUGUUCUCUGUUUAAAAGUACUUGUUAGAGGACCGGGGAUUUAGCUUAGUAGUUCCACUGCCUGCCUCACAAGCACAAGGACCUGAGUUUGAUCCCCGGUACCAAAAAAAAAAAAAAAGUACUUGUUAGAGGACCCGGGAUUUAGCUCAGUGCCACCGUGACUGCCUCAAAAGUGUAAGGUCCUGAGUUCUAUCCCUGGUACCAAAAAAAUAAAAAAAUUCAAGUACUUAUUGGAGCUAGACAUGGUAGCACACACCUGUAAUCCCAGCACUCAAGAGGCUGAGGCAGGAAGAUUGAAAGGCUAGCUUGUGCAGUUUUGCAAGACCCUCUCAAAAUUUUAAAAAAUAUAUUAUCUGGGUGUGGUGGCACAAGUCUGUAGAGUUCAAGGCCAGCAUGGGCGAUAUACUGAGUUCAAAACCAGCUUUAGCUACAUACCAAGACCCUGUCUCAAUAAGUAAAUAAACUAAUAAUAAGUAAAUGAGGGCUGGGAAUAUAGCUCAGUGCAAAGGCCCUGUGUUCAGUCCACAGUCUGCCAAAAAUAAAAAGCACUUGUCAGGCCUGGCAAUGUAGCUUAGUGGUAGGGCACAGAGUUAGCAUGCAUGAGGCCCCCAGGUUCAAUCCUCAGCACCCAAAAGAUAAAAAGUAAAUACAUGAAAGAACUGGUCAAGUGCAAUGAAAAGAAACUGUCAUAUUUGGAAUAUUCAUGUCCUUGUUCUGUAGCCAGCACUGCAGAAUCUCAGACACAAAUGGUGUAGGGAAGGUGGCUAAUGGGAUGUGAUGACAGCCACAAACUUGUUCCUCAAGUUAAUGAAUAUUUUUCUUUGUUUGCUUAAAGGCACAUAUUAAUUUUGCAGACCACAGGGACUUGGAGAGUCUAAUUCAUCAUUUCUAAUAUCUGACUCAGUAUUAUGAAAUUAUAUCUGGUGCCACUGUGAAACUCUUCAGUUUUCUAAUAUGUUUUAUCAGCGGGGGUAGAAGCAGUCACAAAGUGGUUUGUGUGUUGUAUCUGCAAGUCUGGCUGUGCCGUGCAGAGCACCUCCGGUUUGCACACCCCAUUUCUGUACACACCUGUUCUGCGGGUUUUGUAAUCUGCCAUACAGCAUCCUUGCAGGAAAAGGGCGGUCGUUAAUCAUUGACUUAUUUGACUUUUUUUUUUAAUGUGUUCUUAGUGCACAGCAGAAUGCAGUAGAGAGCUACAUAGGCCAGUUCUGUACAUCUCUUGUUUUUCAAGACGGGGUCUCACUCUGUAGCCCAGGCUGGCCUUUAACACCAGGCAAUCCUCCUGCCUCAGCCUCUCGAGUGCUGGGAACACAAGCGUGCACCGCCACACCCGGCUCACAUUUGUUCUUGGUGCUGGGGAUGAAACCCUGGCCCCACACAUGCUAAGCAGGGGCUUUACCCACCAAGCUGGACCUCAACCGCACCUUGGAUCAGUUUUCUUUUUGUCUUUUGGUUUUUGUUUUUUGUUUCCCCAAUACAGGGGAUUGAAUUCAGGACCUUGCGCUUGCCAGGCAGGUGUGGUGCUGCUGAGCUACAUCCCCAGCCCCAUCGGCCAGUUCUUAAACCAAGAAAUGUUAACAGUCCUGGGGAGGGGAGGAUGCAGAAGACAGCUGAACAGAACAACAAAGAAUCGUUUCUUUCUGUGAUCUUCCGGGCAGGCUCAGAUCUAUUGGGCUUCCUCACACCACUGGAUCUCAUUAGCCCUUGCAUUCGCCUUUUUACAGCUUGUCUUGUAAGACCUCCUUAAUUAGCCUUAAAUAAACGCCAGAGCUUGUAUUUGAAAAGCACUGAUUCAGUACCCCAAGUUUAACACUUCAGAAGACAAGACAGGAAGAUCCCAGCAAGACGGCGCUGUGUGAGUGGACGGGCCAAGGGGCUCUGAAGCUGUCAGAUGCUCGCACGAACAUCACAUUGCCUGGGGCUCACGGGCUGGCAGGUGUGUUGUGACUGUCACUCAGGUACCACAGGCAGCACUGCCACUGGUAACUGAUCCCCUCCCCCCGCAAGUGAGCUGAACAGAAUUCAUCUAUUCUUGGUUGUAGCAGAGCACACAAUCCUAGAAAACCCAGAGUAGCUGGGGAUUUAGCUCAGUGGCACCGUGACUGCCUCACAAGCACAAGGUCCUGAGUUUGAUCCCCAAUACUGAAAAAAAAAAAAAAAAAAACCAGGGUACUUUAAAACUGAAGAAAAAGCCAGGUGUGGCGGUGCGAGCCUGUAAUCCUAGCGCUUGGGAGGCUGAGCCAGGAAGAUGGCCACAAGUUUGAGGCCAGUGGGAACAACACAGUGAGACCCUGUCUUGAAAAAGAAAUACUGAAGGGAAACACCCUUGUGUUUCUGUAUAAAGUAGGAGUAGGCUCCAGGCUAAGGUGAUUUUGAACAGGUUUGUAUCCAUGUGACAGCCCAGCAGGAUGACCCAAAGUCACGCAGGAGGCUGUUUCAUACCUGUAGAUGCUCAGGAGGCUGAGGCAGGAAGAUGAUGAGCCCAGAAAAGUAAUGCCCACAAAGCACUUUUGCCAGCUCACACCACGCAGGAGCCUCAGAAGCAGAUGUGUAGCUGGGCUCAUCUCCCCUUCUGUCCUCAGCAACUGGGGCUCCGUGAGGUCCCAUGACUUCCUCACAUCACAAAGGAUAUAGCAAGUUCAAGGCCAGCCUGAACUACACGGUGAGACCCUGUCUCAACAAAAAUGGGCCGGACAUUUAGCUCAGUGGUUCCACCACCUGCCUCACAAGUGCAAGGUCCCAAGUUCGAUUCCUGGUACCAAAAAAAAAAAAAAAACGGAGCCUGAGUUCAAGGUCAGCCUGGGCUACAGAGGGAGACCCUCUCUCAGAAAAGAAAGGGCCGGGGAUGUAGCUCAGUGGUUCCACUGCCUGCCAAAUCCUGAGUUCAUAUCCCCAGCACCACAUUUUAAAAGAGGUAAAUGAGGUACUAGGUGGAGAAGAGCACAGUACUGUACCUGACACCCCGGGUGAGGAGAAAGGUCCCUUUCCUUCCCUGGGUGGGCAGGGCAGCAAAUCAGUGAGCCUACAGGCUGCAGGGCGCAGGCCUUGGUCUGCACACUCCCUCCCUGAGGUGUAGUGGGGGCGAGUCACACUCAGGCUGGCCCUGCCAGCGGUCACCUUCCCAGCCACACUCCCGCCGGCCUUGUAGGACAGAGAUGCAGCAGGCAGUGUGUCUAAAAAUAGCUUUGAGCAAGGGCGCGGGGCCUGAUGUUAUCCAGGUAGGAGAAAAGAAUGUCAAAGAAAGCAGCUGGGACUAAUGAACUCCCCAUUAGCUGUGUUCCAUUUCAACUGAGUCAGAUGUCGGUCCCCAUUAGGCAGUUGGCUUAGACAGGAGCUGUGCUAAUUACCACUUACCAGCCCUUAAUUUCUGGGUAAAAGCAAGAAGGAAAAACUAAUGGAUUUUUCAUUUUCCACAGAGAAAGGAAUAAAAUAAUAGUAUGUGUUUAAAAAUGUGUUAAUUACAAGAAUUAUUAAUGUGCCUUUACUCA